AUGACAAAGCAUAUUCCUACUGCUCCCCGCCGACCCAACCUAUGCAUGAAUGCUGUUCUUAAUAGCACAAUUGCAGGUGUUGUUGCUCCAAUUGAUACACCAACUCCAGAAGUAGCAGUUGACACAGCCCCUGAAGUUCAAGUCGCUGUGACCCCAAUGGAUCAUGUCCUUACCUUGUUGGCAGCCAACAAUGUGUCGAUGCAAUCCUUGCAAGAAAAUGCAAAAGGAGUGACUGAUGCAAUAACUCAUUUGAAGAAUGGCCUGGAUUUGUCCAACAAGACAAAUGAAUUUUUGAAGAACUCG